CUGAGACGGAGUUGUGGGUGGCAACACUGACAAUAGGCGUUUCUGGUUCAUGCAAGUGUGAGAUAAAAAAACAAACAAAAAAAAACAGGUUGAAUGAAGUUUGAGAUAGAGAAACUUUCUUGGUGCUAGUGAUUUAGUUUCGUCCGUCCGUAUGUUUGUUAAUUAUUCAUAGAUAUUCAGUAACACAUGCAGCGUCAGGACUCUGUUGAUUAUUGAGAGCACUUUGGUGGAGAGAGAGGCGGCCUCCGCGACUCUGCGUCUUGGAACGGGUGUAAUCAUUAGCACAAAGCGUUUUAGCAACGGGAACCAUUUACUACAAACGAAAACGUUUUGCAUUAAAACAACACUUUAUAUCGGACAAAUUCAACUAGGUCUCUCCCCGUUUCGUUCCGUUUGCUUUCGUUUGGUUCCUAGUUAAUAAUAUACAACAGGCAAUGCUCUGACGUCAGAAGUGAGACUCUCAACUAAAGCAAGCCUAAUCGAAUUGAGGCUUUACAUAAUAUAUAUAUAUAUUAUGGUUCGAUCAGUGGAUAUACUUCCCGUGACAGAGAACUCUUUGUUUGGAGCCAAAAUCAUGAAAGUACAGGUGGCAGAGUAACCGCAGGACAUCGAGACUAUUUCUCUCUUCCAUUCUCCCUUUCCCAAACCCGCUUGGCUUCCUUUCACUCUUCCUUUCUUUCUCCACCUGCACAUCAGUCCCUCCAUCCUCCCGUGUCUCUAACGCCACCUACACAUCAGUCCCUCCAUCCUCCCGUGUCUCUAACUCCACCUGCACAUCAGUCCCUCCAUCCUCCCGUGUCUCUAACUCCACCUGCACAUCAGUCCCUCCAUCCUCCCGUGUCUCUAACUCCACCUACACAUCAGUCCCUCCAUCCUCCCGUGUCUCUAACUCCACCUGCACAUCAGUCCCUCCAUCCUCCCGUGUCUCUAACUCCACCUACACAUCAGUCCCUCCAUCCUCCCGUGUCUCUAACACCACCUACACAUCAGUCCCUCCAUCCUCCCGUGUCUCUAACCCCACCUGCACAUCAGUCCCUCCAUCCUCCCGUGUCUCUAACUCCACCUGCACAUCAGUCCCUCCAUCCUCCCGUGUCUCUAACUCCACCUGCACAUCAGUCCCUCCAUCCUCCCGUGUCUCUAACUCCACCUACACAUCAGUCCCUCCAUCCUCCCGUUUCUCUAACACCACCUACACAUCAGUCCCUCCAUCCUCCCGUGUCUCUAUCCCCACCUGCACAUCAGUCCCUCCAUCCUCCCGUGUCUCCUACUCCACCUACACAUCAGUCCCUCCAUCCUCCCGUGUCUCUAACUCCACCCAGUGGCGCCGCCAUCAUGCGUAGGUACAGCUCAGAGGGGUCUCUACUUGAAAUGGAUUUCCUGCCGCUGAGGAAAGUAUCUGUGAAGGGCCACAACUACCACAGCCGGGACGGGGACUCAGGUACCUUCAACCCCCACCCGGAGGACGACGAACUGGAUGGGCGAAGCACCUCUUUCCCUUCUACCCCUAUCAUCGUGGAGCCUGGAGCCAGCCAUGGGAGGAUGACGGGGAGGGGGCAGCUGAGCAAGGACCACAGCGUCAGUGUGGAGAACUUCACAGAACUGGGGAAGCUAGAGAGUAAGGGUUUUCUCGGAGUGGUGAACCUCAACGAGGGAUAUAGAGCAUAUAGUGACGGGCAGUUGGCGCCGGCAAUUACGGGCCGCAGCACAGAGAGCGUGGGCAGCGACGACCAGCCACCGCACUCUCCCUCGAACUCAACCUCUGGCUCCAGCCCCUUCAAGUCACAACAACGGUCCCCCACCAGAGCCAAGCUGUCCGCAGCCAAACUACACCUGAAGAGCCUGUUUGCGCAGAGUCCCCAUUCAUCACAUUCCAACCUGUUUAACCCAGAACAGAAAGAACAGAAAGACAGUGCUAAAGAGCGGAGGUCUCGCCUCCCGUUGAUGCACCAGUGGAGCCAGGUGGGCCACAGCAACGCCAAGUUCAGUCGGGUGGAACUUGAUAAGUGGGCUGAAUCGCUGGACGACCUCCUGGCCAGUCGGACGGGUGUGUCUGUGUUUGGAGCAUUCCUGCGCUCAGAGUUUAGUGAGGAGAAUCUGCAGUUCUAUCUGGCCUGUGAGCAGUACAGAAACUCGUCCAACAACUUUAGCCUGCACAGACGGGCCAAGACGAUCACUACCACCUAUAUUGACGCGGGGGCGCCACGAGAGGUGAACUUGGACAGUAAGACCAGAGAUCUAACCACACAGCUCCUACAGGCCCCAUCACACACCUCCCUGUCCCACGCCCAGAAACGCAUCUACUCCCUCCUGGAUACAGACUGCUACCCUCGCUUCCUCCAGUCCACCAUCUACCUCACCCUGCUGGGCCAGGCUGACUAGAGACUUAGGGCUCCAUUCAAUCUGUAUUCGUGGAAGUUCAGCACUAUAGCCUCGAUUGAAAUGUAUAGACAAAUGUGCCUGCGUUCGUGGAGACUACAUUCACGUUAAUUUGAUGGCUCAAUCUGAAAUGACCUUUACAUUUCAAUCACGCCGUAGCGUUGAAUUUCUGCAAUACGAAUUGAAUGGAGACCUAAGGAUACGUCCCUAUUCUCCACUCUCCACCCUUCUCCUAAAGUGUACACUAUCUCACAUGGAUUUAACAAUGGUGGAAAGGGAACUCCAAUCCAGUGCUUUUGAAAUCUAUGAUGGGUGUGUAAGUGCUUACUGGGAAAGGGUGGAAAACUGAGACCUAUCUGUUGUGGAUAUGGGGUUGGACUGUUGCAGGAGAUGCAGUUACAUCAUGUAGAGUUAAAGACGGUUUGGGGUUUAGUCAUUCCAGUUAAUGAGCAGGGUUGUGUUCAUUUGGGCAUGGAACAGAAAAACUUUUUUUUUUUUUU